AAAUGACUCACGGAAACAAGAGCUAAAUGGCUCAUAGAAUCAGCUUCUAUACGGCUCACUCGGACGAGAGCUAAAUGGCGUAAUACUUCGAUGUAGUUCCGUGGGGAAGUAUGGCGAAAAAGAAUAAGGAGUAUUUUAGUGCUUAGGCACGAAGGUGAGUCGUGAGUGCCAAUACUCUCGGGAACGAGAGAGUCCGAGACUGUCUCCUGGUAGGCGACCCAGUCCGUGAACUAUUUCCGACAUCUGCAUGAACGAAUACACCACAUGCCCUAGCGAUGUCCGCGGAGCAUAAAGAUAUGUCCAGGGCUGAAGAGUCUUAGACUCAGAUACAGGUGAAGCUUCUGUUGCUAAGUUUUAAGCUUUGUUUUCUUCCAUGACUUCAGUAAUUGGUCGCUUCUUCCAGAUCCCCACAGCAUAUGAUGGGCGUUGACAUCCCUCAUCACCGUUCUUCGCUUUGAAACACAUGUAACGGCGAUGUAUAUCGAUGAUAGAUCAUUCCGGAUGCCGAGGUUAUCUCCGAGUACCGGUUCCCCAGCUACGGUCCGUGAUUAAUCCCGUCCCGGGCCAAGCAUUGUCAGGCCCGUUUCCUGUCGAAUUGGGUGGGGGAAUUAUUAGGGAGCCUCAUAACGAUAUUGCGGGUCGGUUUCUUAGGCCGAAGCGGUGUUUGUAUAUUACGCAUUACUAAAUAUCUCGAGUCCAUCGGAGUUGUUUAUUGGUUCCAAUGAGGGGAAUGCUCGAAUCGAGUAUUUGUAAUAAGUAUCUCUAGAGGGAUGCCAUGAACAUACGCCGGAGCUGAAGUGGUAGUUCGAGGUUAGCUGGUUCCAGUAAGGUGUGCGGUUGGGUGCUCCACCCUCGCGUUCUCUGUGAGAAGGGCUACUGGAAGGUUUCUGCUCAACGACAGUAGCGUCGCUUUGUGAUAUGGAUAUUCUGGUGAGGUUGGCUUGGUAAAAUCCGUCAGUCCCAGCCUAGCAUCUUUCGAACGGGUAGUCUACCAACAGGGUCAUCGUUUGGUAAAGAUGACCGUGGAGAGGGAAUGAUUGUAUCCGGCGAACUGUGGGUGAUAGGUGCUGUCUGGAAAGGGUCGUUAGGGGCAAUAAUGUGGUCGAGGUUGUGGGAAUUUGGAAGUCGUUGGGAAGGGGCGGGAGGGGGGGGCGGUGCCCCUACACCGGUAGCCGCCGGAGGUUCGUCGACUACGAUCGAUACAACCACGUACAGCGACAAUGCAGGAGUUGAAGGUUUCAGAUCAUGUGCUAAAGGCUAAGUCGUCGGUCCACCUGGUGCAGCUGGUGUUAUAAAGGGUAUACCUCUGUAGAUGGUGGUGCUUUCAGUGAGAGCAGUAUGUGGCAAGGGAACCGACUGUGGUUGCAUUCAUUUUCGAUUGGCAGAUGUGGAACCUCAUAGAGUGCCAGAAGCAUCCAGCGAUGGUCCUUGGUGCCCGGUUGACCACUUUUGGUGUGGUAUCUGUCAAGGGUUGGUAGCUUUGUAUUGAAGUCCAUCUGUGGGUAUCAGGUUCCCCUUGUUAUGGGAGCUUGAGCUUGGAUGUUGUGCGAUGUUUGGUUGUCGUCAAUUUCUAGAAGGUGUAUUGCGACUUACCCGGGAGGGAGCCAUAGACUGUGGUCGAUACUACCUCGAACGGAGCCGGUCGGUACAGUGGGUUGGGCUUUAUUUCUGACCAAGCAGCUGGCUGCUUCGAUUCGUACAUCUUCAUUCUCUAAUACAUUUCCCCUAAACCACCCUGCACUUUCGGCAGACAUCUCCGCGAACCAGGUCCACACGCUCAACCUGGAUCACCACCGGCUGAAGCUGACCUGGAUGAUGGACUGGUACCGGAAGGAGGUGCUGUUUCACGUCCGGAACACCUUCCUGCAUGGGCGGUACAAGUUUUUCGCGCUCGGCUUCAGCCCUCGGGGUGAAUUGAAACGGACCGAUCUGUGUGUGUUCUCGAGUGGAGGUGAUGGCAUGUACCACCAGGUACUGGAUACCUAUACAUCGCGGGAUUUCAAUCGGAUCUACGCGGACAUUUCGCAGGAUUGCAGCGUGAUGCGAAUCGACGAGAGUUCCAUCGCCUUCCGGAGGAAGUUCGAUACCUGUGAUCCACAGGAUGUGGCCAUCCACGGUGGAACGAUGUACGUGGUUUGGAUGAGAGGGAAAAAGGAACUGGAUUUUUCCUCCAACAGGACGGUGAUGCCAAAGAUCGGUAAGAGUGAUCAGGGGAUCCUACCGGUGCAGAUUUUGCGGGCCGAUGUUAUCGAGAUCCCGGAGAAGAAAUCAUUAAUCAAGACGCUCGACAUUGCGUUGAACCGAGCGGUCAUUCCUGCGGUGGAGACUACCUAUUGGUGUAAGGUGCAGCGACUGGAACCUUGGCUGGCUCGGAAGAAACAUCACAUAGUACAAUUUGAACCAAUUAUCACGAAUGAAAACGUCGUUCAUCACUUGGAGGUAUUCCAGUGUAUCACCGAUCCCAACCAGGAGAUUCCGGUUUACGAGGGUAGCUGUGCGGAUAUGCCUCCGGAAGCGAAAAUCUGUAACAAAGUUAUGGCUCUGUGGGCCAUGGGAGCGGCUUCUUUUACGUAUCCACACGAAACUGGCCUUCCCGUGGGCGGAAAGGACUUCAAUCCAUACGUUAGAUUGGAGGUUCAUUUCAAUAAUCCAGACUUGAAAACUGGCAUCAUUGACAGCUCAGGAAUGCGUAUCAAUGUAGUUUCGAAGCUGAGGAAAUACGACGCUGGCAUAAUGGAACUGGGUUUGGAGUACACCGACAAGAUGGCUAUUCCGCCGGGGCAGAUCGCGUUCCCUCUAACCGGUUACUGCAUUGCGGAAUGCACUAAAAUUGCGCUACCGCCCGGGGGUAUUACGAUUUUCGGUUCUCAACUCCAUACUCACCUGCGAGGCGUUCGAAUUCACACGAGACACUUCCGCAAGGGAGUGGAACUCAGGGAUGUUAACCGAGAUGAUUUCUAUUCCCAUCACUAUCAGGAGAUCAGACAGCUGAGAUAUCGACCGAAAGUUUUACCGGGUGAUGCACUGAUGACGACCUGUUACUACGACACUCGAGGAUACGAAACGGCUACGUUGGGAGGAUUCUCCAUCAGCGACGAGAUGUGUGUUAAUUAUAUCAGCUACUAUCCGGCUACCAAGUUGGAACUAUGCAAAAGCGCCAUCUCUGAGAAAUCUCUCUACAACUAUUUCAAAUACAUGCGGGAAGUGGAACAACAAAGCACCAUCCAACCGGGAGGAGGUCGCUCGGAUAACUAUCACAACAUUCAUUGGACUAAAACCAGGGCUGAUCAGCUGUUCGAGUACUACCUGCAAGAACCAUUGAGCAUGCAGUGCAAUCAAUCCGAUGGCUUCCGCUUCGAAGGUUUCGACUGGGAGGGGGCUCCCAUCACAGAGUUUAGUCCCCCCAGGAAAACCCUCACUGAACAUUGUGAGAUUCCACCCGAACUGAACUGGUUCAAACCGCUAGAGGUGGGAAAGUGUGACGCUUUCGGAGAGUGCAUCUACGCUGACGAAAAAAUCAAGGAGUAAAUGUAAAAUACAACUGUAAAUUAGAAUAAAUGUAAAAAAAGUUCAGAUCAUCAAAUCUAAAGAGUUUAAAGCCCAGUUUCCUGCACGAAAUAGUUCUCACAAAUAAAAAAACCAAAUUUGUAUAAAUUAUCACCUCAAA